AUGCAAUCUGUAGAACAGUAUACAGAACAAGUGAGGACUUUGACUCAAUAGUGCAUCGAAACCUUUGAUCGAUUUAUGGAUGUAAACAAAUUUCUUUUUUAACAUCUUAGGAAUCAUACGAUAGAGUCAAUGGAGCCAUUGACUCCAUUUACGAGUAAAUGUAUUUAAAGCCAGCACCUGAAUAGAAGAAGAAGGACCAAAGAACAAGUACUGAACUUGUAAAAUUACCGGAUGCUCCGAAAGUGAAGAUAGAAGUGAUAAUCAAUAUCACUCCUGAUGAGACCAAAUCAUUUAGGUAAAAAAGAAGUUUUUAAUUAAUAUAUUUAUAGAUGUUUGUAAUAAUAGAAGGUGCAAGUAGUAGUACAGGAAGAGCAGGAGGUAUUUGAGAGAUAGGAGGAUCUCUUACAAAUUUUAUCGAAUGCUAAUUAGAUAAUUAUUGAUGAUGAUGAUGACUCAUCAAUAUUUAAGAAACUCUUAGAUAUGCUCAAGAAGGUUAAAUUAAAGACUGUGUGGCAUGUCUCUAAUCAUUUAAGAAUUAAGAUCAAAAGGAGAAGGAGUAAAUUAAGAAGAUAAUACAUAUUCUUAAGAACAUAAAAGACCAUGAAUUCAAUUAGAAAGACUAUUCCUCAGAACCAUUUGAAGAGAUGAAAAAGAAUCUGAUUAAGAAGUUGUAAGGUGAUAAGAGCAUGAUUGAGUUACUUACAUUUUUGGUCAUGCUUACAAGUAUAGAUGAUCAAUUCAUCUCCUGUGGAUCCAAUUCACUUCAUAUGUUAGUAAUGAUGAAGGUAGAUCUCAGAAACUAAUCAUUUGAGAAUAUCAGAAUAAAGAAUACAUCUAUAAUUGGAGGAAACUUUGUACGAUGUAAUUUGAAUGGAUCAGAAUUUGAGAAUGUGGAUAUUAGCGGAGUCAUUUUUAAUGGAGCUUAGAUGUUCAAUUAUAAAUGGAAGAACAUAAAAGUCCAUGAAUUGAAUAGGUUGGAUGGCCAUAGUAGUUGUGUUAGAUCAGUCUGUUUCUCUCCUGAUGGAAAUACAUUAGCUUCUGGUAGUGAUGAUAACUCUAUCCGUCUAUAGGAAAUCAAAAAAAAGUAUUGUUAAGAUUAUAGAUUUAAAGAAAUUUAGGUUAAAAAUACAAGAUAUCCUUUUUUAAAACCCCUUUGCAGUAAAAAAUAUUAUUUAAAAUUUAGAUACAUCUAAUAUUAUGGUUUACCCAGACUUCAAUGUUUAAAGGUUUAAGAUAGUUUUUUAUAAAAAACCGCUUCCUUUUAAGACAAUUCUUGGAGUAGCACUUGAUUAAUUUAAAAACUAACCUAUAUUAACCCUAACCCUUAAUGUAAAUCUAUUUUAACAGACUUCUUGUGCCCAAUAUUCGUUGUUAUUGUUCUAUUUUAUAGUUUUUUCUUUUUUAACAAUCCUGAAGUUUAGGCAUUACUAAAAUUCAAAUUAAUUAGCACAUUUAAAAAUAGUAUGA